CCUUUUUUCCCCCUAAAGCGGAGCUGGAUGAGUAGACCGUCACAUGUUGUUUCCCCUCUUCAGUCCGGACAUCAGCAUGUGUUAUUUAUUGCUCGGCUGCGAGAGAAGACGAACCGACGCGCGACCGGCUUCGGAGCGAGAGGAUUAAAGGAGCGGAGCGCGUCGUUUCUCCCAGGAGCCGGGAGGAGCGGAGAGGAGAGGAAACACCGCGUCUGAUCCGGGAGAAGGACGGCGAGAAUGGCGAGUCCGCCGAACACGGGCGAUCAGUCGUUAUUGGCGAGUAACGCGAACAACAAUAUUAAAAAGUGCGGCUAUCUGAAGAAGCAGAAACACGGGCACAAGCGCUUCUUCGUGCUGAAGGAGCAGAGCGACGGCGCGCCCGCCCGGCUGGAGUACUACGAGAGCGAGAAGAAAUGGAAAAACAAAUCGGCCGCGAAGAGAGUUAUUCCUCUGGACUGCUGCCUCAAUAUAAACAAGCGCGCGGACGCCAAGCACAAAUAUCUCAUCGCUCUCUACACCAAGGACGAGUAUUUCGCCGUGGCGGCGGAGAACGAGCAGGAGCAGGAGAGCUGGUACCGGCUGCUCACGGAUCUCAUGGCCGAGGGGAAAGUCUGUGACGGCUCGGCGUCGAACUCCGCGUCCUCGCUGGUCGGCUUCGACGAGGCGAGCUACGGCGUGAUCACGCCGGUGACCGCCGCCUACAAGGAGGUCUGGCAGGUCAACCUGAAGUCCAAAGGCUUGGGGCAGAGCCGGAAUCUCACCGGGGUGUACAGGCUGUGCCUCUCCAGCCGGACUAUCAGCUUCGUGAAGCUCAACUCGGAGGUCGCCUCGGUCAUCCUGCAGCUGAUGAACAUCCGGAGGUGCGGCCACUCCGACAGCUUCUUCUUCAUCGAGGUGGGCCGGUCCGCGGCCACCGGCCCCGGGGAGCUGUGGAUGCAGGCGGACGACUCCGUGGUGGCUCAGAACAUCCACGAGACCAUCCUGGAGGCGAUGAAAGCCAUGAAGGAGCUCUCGGAAUUCCGUCCGCGCAGCAAGAGCCAGUCGUCGGGCACGAACCCCAUCUCCGUGCCCACGCGGAGGCACCUGAACAACCUCCCCCCGAGCCAGACCGGGCUCCCCCGCCGCUCGCGCACCGACAGCAUGGCUGCCACCUCCCCCGUGAGUAAAUGUUCUUCCUGUCGAAUACGCACGGCCAGCGAGGGGGACGGCACCAUGACGCGGCCCAUGUCGGUCAACGGGAGCCCCCUCAGCCCGGGGGUCCACCGGACCCUGCUGAGCAGAUCCCACACCAUCACAGCGCGCCCCUCUCUGACAUUUGAAUCAUCCACCCUGCAGCACAGUAAGUCCAUGUCCAUGCCCCUGUCUCACUCGCCGCCGCUGACCACCGCCGGCCCCGGGGGCGCGUCGUCCUGCCUGGACAGCAGCGCCCCCCGCCCCUCCAGCUGCAGCGCGUCCUUCUCUGGCUCCCCCAGCGACGCCGGUUUCAUAUCGUGUGAGGAGUACGGGUCGAGCCCCGCUGACGCGCGAGACCUCAGGCUGCCUCUCACGCUCCGCAGCAACACGCCCGAGUCUCUCAAAGCCGACACCCCCCCCUCCCGGGACGGCAUCGAGCUGGACGGCUACAUGGUGAUGGAGCGCCAGAAUCAGACUACUUACCGGCGGUUACAGGACCUGGAGAAGGUGUACAGGAAGCGCACGUACUCCCUCACCACCCCCCGGCAGCAACGAGGACCCCCACAGGUGUCCUCAGCCUCCCUGGAUGAGUACACUCUGAUGAGGGCCACCUACACCAGCGGCAGCCUGUCUCGGCGCUGUCACACGGCCUCGCCUAAAGGGAGUCUGGAGGAUUACAGGGACAUUCAGAGCAGCUCCAACAGCCUUCAAGAUGAGAGCGGCUACAUGCCCAUGAUGCCCGGUGUGGCACCUCCAACGCCGGGGUCCAAAGAGGACCCCUACAUGCCAAUGAGCCCCAUGUGUGUUUCUGCUCCAAAACAAAUCAUCAACCCGCGUUCGCACACCUCCACGGUCGGGCUGGCCCCACGCACAGACUCCCCCGGGAGUGUUUCUCUGGAGGACAGCGGCUAUAUGCGCAUGUGGUGUGGAACCAAGAUGUCGCUGGAGAGUACGGACGGGAAGCUCACCAAUGGAGAGUACCUGAACAUGUCUCCGGUUGACAAGCUGGUGUCAUUUACACCCCCAGACUACAUUCUCAGCUCUCCAGGAGAUCCCCAUUUUCAGCAAAGUCACAGACAGCCUUAUUCUUACACGUCCCUGCCGCGAUCGCAGAAAGGACUGCUGCAGCGCAGUGGGUCUGCCGACACAGACCAGUAUGUGGUGAUGAGUUUACAGAGGCAGCGGAUAGAGGAGGAGUCCAACUAUUGUCCUCUGUCUCCGGGAGACUCUGCUGUCAGCAGCUCUCCGGGAACUCCCAGCACUCCGUCCUCAGCUCCAUCCCCGAUCAGACUGGCCAGGACAGAUGGAGGUCCGGUACAUCGGAGCAGGACGUGUCGGCCCACCCGCUUGGCUCUGGAAUCCCUGAGAACACUUCCGUGUAUGAGUGAACACCCUCUUCCCUCAGAGCCACGUAGUCCUGGAGAGUACAUUAACAUAGACUUCAGCAGUGCUACCCACAAUCCACUUUCAUCCACAGAGCCGGAAGCCUGCAAGUCCUCUGUGAGUUUAGCGCGUGCAGAAAACGGAUCGCUCUCAGACUAUGCUAAUAUUGACAUCAACUCCUCAGCUCACCCAGGAUUAUUCCAAGCUGGGGGAUCCCCCUCAGCUGGGUGUCUGAACAGCACGCCGGGUGCAGUGAAGACCCAGCCGGACGCACACGACAUCGAUGAGGUAGAUGAGGAUAAAAACAUGGACAGACCGGUGAAAGAGAAUGGGACUGAAGAGGGAUUUCCUCUACAAAAGCAAGGAAAUCUGGGUUGUAAGUCAAUUUCAGUCAAAGAUGACUACACUGAAAUGACUUUCAGUCCUACGACUCCUUUACCUGCGAUCUGCACCACUGACACCGCUCCCCUCCCCACCAGCCCCGCCGCUUGUGUUCAGAGACUCAGCCUUGAGAGCAGCAUGGUGGAUGUCGUGCCCCCUGUGCCUGUGGACUCUUUUCUUCUGGGGGGUCCCUCCUUAUCUAUACCAAUUGUGGAUCCACACAGGGGUGCUAAAGUUAUCCGGGCUGACCCCCAGGGGCGCCGACGCCACAGCUCCGAGACCUUCUCAUCCACCACCACCGUCACCCCUGUGUGCCCGUCUUUUGCCCACGACAACAAACGGCACAGCUCUGCCUCUGUGGAGAAUGUAUCCCGCACCGUUCGCAGCUCCGAGGGAAGCGACGAGGACUACGGCAGUCCUAUGUGCAGAGAAACGUCGGCUGGCUACCAGAACGGACUUAACUAUAUUGCCUUAAACCUGAUGGAGGGGAACCUGGGUGGGUGCAGUUUAGGGGGCUGCGACGGACUCCUGAGAUUCAAGACGGCCUGUGGCUGCAAAGGUGGACUAAACGGCUUCAACACCGGUCCUUAUGCCAGCCUGGGAUUCAAGGAAACCACUGCUGCUGCUGUAAAAGAGUAAAGGUUGACGGGCCUUCCCAUCGCCUCCUCCUCCUCCUCCUCCUCCUCCUCCUCCUCUUCCUGUGAAUGUCGGACUUCACUGCAGCCAGAUGACGAGGUCGCCACACUGACAGCUGGACUCUGCGCUGCAGCCGAUGUCCUCUGACCUUUUCGCCGCCUCUGGGGGUCAUGGGGAUGGCCAUCGCCAUGGAGACAAAAACACUUGACCCUUACCCCAAAUCUUUCCUCCUUUCCCGUGGCACCGAAACAUUCAGGCGCCACUGCUGCUGUAGUGCUAGAGAAAAAAAAAAAAAAUCAAGAUCUUAAACAGACUAUUAACUCUAACAAUGAGUAGUUAACAAUGUA